AUGGCAAUAACUCAAUAUGACUCAGAUAUGGAUACCAACAGUGGACCCUCCAGCUUGGAUGGUAGCCUGCAAGCUACUGGAGAAGAGCAAGAACUAGCUUUGAGUAGCCAGGGUUUUUAUAACAUUGUUGGAGGAAAGCCUUCAGGAAGCCCAACAAUUGAUGGUGCCCAUGAUGAAAGAGGUCACCUAUGGUGUGGCACAGAGAAGGCUCAAAUCAUGUUGCUACUGCUUCAGCUUAUUCUGCUUCUGUGGCGGAGGGGAGCCUCUGAGAUACACAAAGCCAAAUGUCUCCUGACUCUGGAGCAGGGUGAAGUGGACCCAGACAAUCACUACAAAUCAGGAGAUUAUUUCAUUAGCGGCAUAAUCUCUGCAAGGGACACUAGGUUUGAAUCAUUAAGCUUUGACAGAAGUCCUUCAAUAAUGUUCCUUAAACCAUCAUCCAAUCAUUAUUGGAAAUUUCUGCCCUUCCUUUUUGCCACUGAGGAGAUUGACAAGAAUGGCCAUCUCUUACCUAACAUCACUCUGGGUUACAAUGUUUAUCAAAUUUUCUUCAAGGUAGAAAUGACUUCAGAUCCAUUGCUGGACCUGCUUUCAGAUGGGGAGGCCAAUGUUCCCAACUACAGGUGUGGAUGGCAGAGAAACUCAGUAGCUGUUCUGGAAGGGGCUGAAACUGGCAUCUCCAUCCAGAUUUCAACCAUGCUCGGCACCUACAAAAUCCCUCAGGAUGCCUUUUCGGUGAAAGUCUGGAGACGGUGCAGACAGAGAGAAGAACUGGUGGCUGUGAGGGAAGAGGAGAUUGAUCGGAUCCUGGCUAUGGACAGUUACUUGACUUACAGCACCAUCUGGGCUGUGGGAAGGGCCUUACAUUCAGCUCAUAUCUCCACAUUCAAGAGAUCAGCGAGGAACAGAGGCAUGAAGCUAGAAGCCCCAAGGCUGACGGCUUGGCAGGUAUGUCUUUCCCGUCAGGCAUGUACAGUAUCUUCUCUUCACCCUUUCCUUCAGAGCCCUCAGUUUCACAAUAAUUCCAUAGAUGGGGUAUAUUUGGAUGAGAAAGGAGAUUUGACGGCUGACUUGAACAUUGUGAACUGGGUUGUUUUCCCAAACAAAUCUGUCAAGAGAACAAAAACUGGAAGUCUAGAAAAACAGACAACUCAGGAUUUUAAAGUUACCAUUGACCAGAGGAGUAUUGGACAGAGCCUACCAACUUCCAGGUGUGUGGAAAGCUGUCAUCCUGGAUUCAUGAAGGUGGUUUUGGAAGGGAAACCCAUCUGUUGCUACAAUUGUGUUCCUUGUCCAGAAGGAACCAUCUCCACCAUGGAAGAUGCUGAACGAUGCACAAAAUGUCCAGCAGAUCAGCAUCCAAGUCUCAGCCAAGAUGACUGUAUACCUAAGAUGGAAACUUUCCUAUCCUACCAAGAAAUGUUGGGGAUCAUGCUAGCUUCCCUUGCCUUGUUCUUGUCUUUGGCAACCAUUUUUCUCUUUGGAAUAUUCAUUAAAUUUCGAGAAACUCCCUUGGUCAAAGCCAGCAAUCGUGAUCUCUCCUACAUCCUCCUCAUCUCCCUUCUGUUUUCAUUCUUGACCUCAUUCUUAUUCAUUGGUCAACCAAAAGUAACCACUUGCCUUGUCCAACAAACAGCAUUCAGCAACAUUUUUACAGUUGCCAUUUCUACUGUCUUGGCCAAAACUGUCAUGGUGGUAUUAGCCUUCUUGGCCACAAAACCAGGGAAUAAUGUACAGAGAUGGUUAGGGAAGAGCAUGGCCAAUUCUAUCAUCCUUUCUUGCUCUGGAGUCCAAGUUGUCCUUUGCAGCAUCUGGUUGGGCACCUCUCCCCCAUUCCCUGAGUCGGACAUGUAUUCAGAAUCUGCUGAGGUCAUCCUUCAAUGUAAUGAAGGCUCUCGUGCCAUGUUCUAUCUUGCCCUCGGCUAUAUGAGCUUCCUGGCUAUCAUCUGCUUCACAAUGGCCUUCCUAGCCAGGAAUCUACCUGGGGCCUUCAACGAAGCCAAGUUGAUCACCUUCAGCAUGAUGGUCUUCUGUAGCGUCUGGAUAUCCUUUGUACCCACUUACCUGAGCACCAAGGGGAAGUAUAUGGUAGCCGUGCAGGUCUUCUCCAUGUUGGCUUCCAGCGCUAGCCUGUUGCUAUUAAUUUUUCUCCCCAAAUGUUACAUUAUUUUCCUAAGACCAGAUCUGAAUACAAAAGAACAUAUGAUGUCAAAAUAA